CAUCACUCUCCCUCUUCACCCCUCACUUCUCUCCCACCAUUUCUCUCCCACAAUAAAACCCCCAAAUUCCAAACCCUAAAAAAAUAUCUCCAAAUCAAAAUCAAAAAUCAUGAGAGAAAUCCUUCACAUUCAAGGCGGCCAAUGCGGCAACCAAAUCGGAACUAAAUUCUGGGAAGUUAUCUGCGACGAACACGGCAUCGAUAACACCGGCCGGUACAGCGGCACAACCGCCGAUCUACAACUUGAACGUAUCAAUGUUUACUUCAAUGAAGCUUCCGGCGGAAGGUACGUUCCACGCGCCGUCCUUAUGGAUCUGGAACCUGGUACUAUGGAUAGUAUUAGAUCCGGCCCCAACGGUCAGAUCUUUCGGCCGGAUAACUUUGUGUUUGGACAGUCUGGUGCUGGUAAUAAUUGGGCGAAAGGUCAUUAUACUGAAGGCGCUGAGUUGAUUGAUUCUGUACUUGAUGUUGUUAGGAAGGAGGCUGAGAAUUGUGAUUCCUUACAAGGUUUUCAGGUCUGCCAUUCACUUGGAGGCGGCACAGGUUCUGGCAUGGGGACUCUGUUGAUUUCAAAGAUCAGAGAAGAAUAUCCUGACAGAAUGAUGCUGACAUUCUCUGUUUUUCCUUCACCUAAAGUCUCCGACACCGUUGUUGAACCUUAUAAUGCCACACUAUCAGUCCACCAGUUGGUUGAAAAUGCUGAUGAAUGUAUGGUUCUUGACAAUGAAGCACUCUAUGACAUUUGUUUCAGGACUUUGAAACUCAGCAAUCCAAGCUUUGGUGAUCUGAACCACUUGAUAUCUGCAACCAUGAGUGGUGUAACUUGCUCUUUGAGGUUUCCUGGUCAAUUGAAUUCUGACUUGAGGAAGCUUGCAGUCAACCUGAUUCCAUUCCCGCGUCUCCAUUUCUUCAUGGUCGGUUUUGCUCCUCUUACAUCUCGUGGAUCCCAGCAGUACACCUCACUUACUGUCCCGGAACUCACCCAACAAAUGUGGGACUCCAAGAACAUGAUGUGUGCAGCUGAUCCACGCCAUGGACGUUAUCUCACAGCCUCAGCCAUGUUCAGAGGCAAAAUGAGCACCAAAGAGGUGGAUGAACAGAUGAUCAAUGUGCAAAACAAGAACUCAUCGUACUUUGUUGAAUGGAUUCCAAACAAUGUUAAAUCUAGUGUGUGUGACAUUCCACCAACCGGGCUCACAAUGGCUUCCACAUUUGUUGGAAACUCAACUUCAAUUCAGGAGAUGUUUAGACGAGUUAGCGAGCAGUUCACAGCCAUGUUUAGGCGCAAGGCUUUCUUGCAUUGGUAUACUGGUGAAGGAAUGGAUGAAAUGGAAUUUACCGAGGCAGAGAGUAAUAUGAAUGAUUUGGUGGCAGAGUAUCAGCAAUAUCAAGAUGCUACAGCAGAGGACGAGGAGUAUGAGGAGGAGGAGGCAGAGGGGGAAUAUGAAGAGUGAAGUGGUAAAAUCGUAUGUUUUGUUAUCUUUGUUUUAUAUGAUACCGUACUGGGUGUAUUCUUAUUGUUGUGUUUUGGAUAUCUGCUGCUUGUGCUAUAUGUUUGGUUUGAGUAAUGCAAAGUGUUUGAAUAAGGUCUGGGAUGUUUUGGUUUAAAAUAUUGGCAGUGUAAUGACAUUUUGAGAAAUAUGUUGAUAUAUGCAAGCAAGAUGAUGUAUGGAGUUAAUUCAAA